ACUUUUUAUUUCACGUUACUUUUAUUUCAUUUCACUUUCUCUCAUUUUCCCGGGAUUUCAUCAGUAAAUACCACUCCCGGCUCCAUCGCUGGGAUUUUUUUUUUCUUUUCUUUUCUUUUUUGUUGAACAAUCAAUUAUCUGAUCCUUAUAGUAAAACCAGACCCGAUUAUCUUCCUGCAUUACACCUGUGCUUAGUUUCGACUGGAACAAAGAGAGAGAGGGAGAGGGGGAUGACGUCGGGGACUCGGCUGCCAACAUGGAAGGAGAGAGAGAACAACAAGAGGAGGGAGAGAAGACGAAGAGCUAUAGCGGCGAAGAUCUUCUCCGGGCUGAGAAUGUACGGUAACUACAAGCUUCCCAAGCACUGCGAUAACAAUGAGGUCCUUAAAGCCCUGUGCAACGAAGCCGGUUGGACCGUCGAGCUCGACGGCACCACUUAUCGCAAGGGAUGCAAGCCUGCUGAACGUAUGGAUGUAGUGGGUGGAUCUGCGGCAACAAGCCCAUGUUCAUCUUACCAUCCAAGCCCCUAUGCUUCCUACAACCCAAGCCCUGGCUCCUCUUCCUUUCCUAGCCCAGCUUCAUCUUCCUAUGCUGCUGCCAACCCAAAUGGUGAUGGUAAUUCCCUCAUCCCAUGGCUGAAAAACCUCUCAUCGGCAUCCUCAUCUGCCUCUUCCUCCAAGCUCUCUCAUCUAUAUUCCCAUGGCGGUUCCAUCAGUGCACCUGUCACUCCUCCAUUGAGUUCCCCAACUGCCCGAACACCCAGAAUUAAGACAGACUGGGAAGCAAAUUUGACCCGCCCAGCCUGGGGUGGGCAGCUCUGUUCCUUUCAGCCAUCUUCUAUGCCACCAAGUCCAGGGCGUCAGAUUGUUGACCCAGAAUGGUUUUCUGGGAUCCGGAUCCCCCAGGGAGGACCACAUUCUCCUACAUUCAGUCUUGUCGCUCCCAACCCAUUUGGCUCUAAGGAUGAUGUUAUGGCUGGUGGCGGAUCCCGCAUGUGCACUCCUGGACAAAGCGGGACAUGCUCUCCUGCCAUUGCUGCAGGUUCUGAUCUUAAUGCUGAUAUUCCAAUGGCUGAGGUCAUUUAUGAUGAAUUCGCAUUUGGAGGUCACAUGACAGGGCUGGUUAAGCCAUGGCAAGGGGAGAGGAUCCAUGAAGAAUGUGGAGUUGAUGAUCUAGAGCUCACUCUUGGUAGCUCAAAAACAAGGUAACCGGAAUUAUCAAGAUGGGCACAAAAUCAGCUUUUCUGUGUUUUGAAAAAGGGUAACAAAAGAUCAAGGUGAGGACAAGAAGUUAAGAAAAAGAUUAUAAAUCGUUAUUGUUCUUAAGUUAUCUACAUAUAUAUAGAGAUAUAUUUAGGCGUGGAUUUGCAACCUUUUGAUCAUUUUCUGUUUAAGUGAAAGGACUCUCAUGCAUGUACGCGGAUCAGUACCUUUCAUUUAUAUUUUACCAUUGUUGUGUAAAUCCACUGUUGAAACUUAUCCAAAAAAAUGGAUCGAGAGGAGGUUUUCACCUUUGCCUUUUGACAC